UCUGAGGGAGUUGGAGGUUGGCCCUUCUGUGGUGAUAGGGGAUGUUCCUCAGUGGUUACUCCUAGAUCCUGUUGUUGAACUAACCUUGGUAGAGAAAAGAAAAGAUAGGUCAGAAAUCAGUGAUAUAGGGAAACUGGUUGACAAUUACAUUGGUAUUAGUUUUUAUGCAUUUUUACGGCUUUUCACAGAUGGAUCCAAGGACCCAGAUAGUAGGUGCACAGGAGCAGGUGUUUACGUUCCUAAAUUUGAUGUGCAGAUGUGUAGAAGACUAACAGAUGAACUGUCAGUAUACUCAGUUGAACUGUGGAGGAUGUACAACCUGUCAGAAUUAUAGUAUGCUCAGAUUCCCUAUCUGUAUUGAAUAGUUUAUCAUCUGGCAAAUCGAAUAGGAGUGAUGUACUAUUGGAGGCAUUAAUAUUAUUAUGGAGAAUUGAGAACCUAGGUAUAGUAGUGAGAUUCUGCUGGGUCCCAGCCCAUUCGGUUGUGGAAGGGAUUGAAAUUGUAGACCAGAUAUUAAUGUUCCACUGGGUAGAGGUGAGGCCAAAUGUAAGAUCAAAGCCAUUUUGAUUGAUGUGUGGCAGAAGAGAUGGGACUCAGACCAAGUGUCAGCAUUUAUAUGCCCUCCGAAGAAAAGUCGGUGGACCAAGAUUCAAAGGUCAGAUUAGGAAGGAAGAGGUGGUUUUUGCCCGAUAGCGCCUAGUACAUUACAUCUGAUUGCCAAGCAUGUGAAUGGUUUGUGUCUGAAGUGUAUGGUCGAUGUAUAGGGUUAUUGAGGCUGAACGGGGUUUGGAAGGGAUUUGGAGGAUGGGGGAGGGUCUAUUUUAACUUAGUAGGGCUCUUUUUUAUUUUCUUAGAAUUUCUUAGGUAGGAGGAUUUAGAAAUGUUGAGCUAAUGUUUGUUUGCGGACCGCCAUGAUAUCAUAGAAGAAGUAAACAGAGGUCAGUGAUGGCAGAAGUGAAUACCGAGUUUGAAAUGAAAAGUGCUUCGAGUGGAGUUGAAGGAGAGGAAUGGACAACAGUUUCUUGUUGGGAUGAGAUUUUUUGAUGAUGGUGAUGUUUAUCUGGGAUAUCCGUUCGGGGUCUCAAAGAGGGUGAAUCGUAUGUUGGUAAAAGUUCAAUCAGAGUGACCAGGAGUGGGCUUAAUUCAUUUUGUGUCUGAGGAACAGAGGGAGAGGGCAGUGGGUCUCACAAGAAUCGAGUCACCUGAAGUAUCGUGCUUUGAACUCCGGAGUAGGGUGUCUCCAGGGUGUCAAUGGAAGUUUAGGAGGAAAACCUUGUGACAGGAAUCCCAGGUGUGGUUAGUGCCCAUCGCUUGACCUGCAUGGUGGAAAGAAGAUUGGAAGAAAGUUAGUCGGUUCUAUUGUUUUUUGAUGAUGAGCACCUCCCUACGCAUGUGAAGCUGGGGUAUAUGAGUUACGCAGCAAGAGCUUUUAUCACCAAAACAUUAGUGUAAAAAUUGUAUAGGAUAUGGCCAUGUUUCAAGUGUGUGCAGACGGGUGGAGUAUACAGAUCGGAGUGAAGAAUGGCCUUGUUGCAAUUGUGGUUGGGAUCAUGGCCCAGAGUUCGUGGAGUGCCCUGUAAGGGUGAAGGAGGUUGAGGUGGCAAAAGUUAGGGCGGUACAUCAGAGCUCCUAUGCGGAGGCAAUCAAAAUAAUUGAGUGAGCAAGUGAAGUUGAAGAAAUGGUACUGUAGUUGAUGCACCAAUGCUCAUAGUCAAUAGGCCUAUUUGUCAACCAAGAGAACCAGACUUGCUGUAUGUAAAAAAAAAAAAAAAAGUGGAUUUUGUGGCUUUCAUUGCAGCUGUGAAACUGCACAGCUCAAGUAGAAAGGAACUCAUUGUGGCUGCAGCAGGAAAAGUAUCUGGGUCUUUAGUAAUUCACACCGGAAGAUUUACAAGGGUUAUUGCUGACUGAGCCUGUGUAGGGAUCAGACAUGGAUUGCUGAUUUAAACAGAUGAAGAAAGGAUCAUGUUGAGAGAUUUUCGGGUAGUCAGUAUUUUUAUCCAAAUUAAUUUAGUAUUUUGUGAUGUUUUAUUUCAUUCCGCACAGUUGGUGGCGACAAUACACCUUUUGCGUGUAGUUCGACAUAAAACCCAAAGAAGAAGUGUAACCGGAAAAGAACAGCGACCAAGAACAAUUUCCACGUUAGAAUUGUUGUUAUUUAUACGUUUAUUAACACCAUGGAACUCAAAAUGAACAAUUUAACUGCACAACAUCACAUACUUACAGCACUUGGUUGACAGAUGUUAUCUAUUAUCGAGGUAACGCUAGCCAGCUAGUUAACGCAUAACAAUAGCAAACAGUAUGGUUUUUCACACUCAAAUAGCCUCCAUCAUGGAGGUGCUAGCGAAUGCAGCUGUGGCAGAGAUCUGUAAACUCGUAGACGACGACUAUGCAGUGUUUCGUUUGGAAAUAACUCAAAGCCAGAAAGAAAACAGGGCAUUGCGGAGGAAACUACAGCUACUGGAACUGAAGGUGGCACGAGAGCGCGUCCUCACCAGUCGUCCCAGUAGUGUCAAGAUCCUCGACCGCUACAGAGGAAUGGCGAGAGGUGAAGGACAUCUCACUGGAGGCCACAGGAGCUUUGUGAAGCCAGCGGGACACAAUACAUGGAGAGAUGAUCAACCAAUCACUGUUGACGAUGGGAGUGGAACCUCAACCCAGCACGUUAUCGUGAUAGAGUCUGCAGAUGCAAAGGCUGCUGGUCCUGGGGUCAAGCAGGAGAGGACUGAAAGAGAGGAGGACCCACAGCAAAGCAGAGACAUCCAGACUGGACCGACUGGAACACCCCCUGUAGCCACGGAGGACACUGCCCCAGCGCCAUCCAGGACCCAACCCAGCAUCACGGAGGUCUGUGGAACGCCAAACGCUGUCCUCAAGUCGGAGACGGACACUGAGACUUUAACUGUAACACACAGGCUCUUACACACAGGAUCUGACCACAGGUCAGACCCAGAGAGACUGGGGCUGGGGCCACUGGGCUGUGCUCCUAUUCCCGGCUCAGAAUACUUACCGAUAUUUCACCAGGUCCAGAGGACGGUUCAUUCCCGUGGAGAUGGUGAGGUGUUAUUCACUGGCGUUGAUGACCUGUCUUGUACUUACGCUACAGAGAUGGACCCUGGCAACGUAUCCUUGGAUUUAGAGACACAGACUGAUCUGUCUAGAGGGGACUGGAACCGGUACAGUAGUAGUGUAUACUCUGAAGGGUGCCUAGAUAAGAAAGGAGAGGUUAUAGUGGUAGAUGAGGUGACUGUGAAAGUGGAGGGCGACACUCCUCCAACAUGGAAUGCAGAUAGUCACCUAGGAGACGGACACUCACAAGGCAGAGAUUUCUUAGAUUACAGGAAAAGCUUAGAGACAAAUACAAACGUCAUCCACCCGUUCCGGGAUCGCGACCCAGUGUCCACGUCAAUGGGGCCUUCUGAUUCACACGGCUGCGCCCUUUUGGAUCAGGCGUUGAACUCAAAAGACAGGGCUAGAGCCCAGGCUCUGGGAGGGGAAGCAACAUCAAGCAAAAAACAGGGGGUGAAACCCUUUAGCUGUACCCAGUGUUCUAUGCGCUUCGCCCAGGCUGGCAACCUGAAGAGGCACCAGAGGGUCCACACAGGGGAGAAACCCUUCAGCUGUACCCAGUGUCACAUGUGUUUCGCCCAGGCUGGUGACCUGAAGAGGCACCAGAGGGUCCACACAGGAGAGAGACCUUACAGCUGCCCCCAGUGUGAGAAGAGGUUCUCCCACCAGCACCAUCUGAAGAUGCACUUGAAGAUCCACACUGAAUCGAGGCUGUUCGCCUGUACGCACUGCGGGAAGAGAUUUUCAGAGAGGAGCUACCUCAGGAUACACCAGCAGAAAAACCAUUCCACUCUAUAACAUAGAAAGUAACCAUUUGACUCGAUAGCUUCUGACGUUUAGAUCAAACCCUGCAUUAAAAGAUUAACUUUCA